AUGAACAAGAAAGGGUUGGCCAUUUUGAUGCGAACCAGAAUGAGGCCCAACGACGCUAGAGACUUCGCUCGCUCUCCUCUCGCCAACCUGGUUAACCAAAAGCUGCCCAAUUCCGAUGGAAGCCAAUCAAGUGGACGACUGGUGCAAGGUGCUCCACAACAACGAAACGAAAAGCUCAAUGCCUCGAGCAACAAUGAGAGGGAUUUUGAAGUUGUACGUGAGUGCAUGCACUCGGCGAUUUCACUGAGCAAAACCGAAAUCUUAGACUCUGUUCUGAAUGAUUUCUCGGAGGGAUAUUUUAGCCUCUCUUAUGAGAACCGUCGAAAAUUACUUGAACUACUUUCCAAGGAGUAUGAUCUUAACAGGGCACAAGUUCGCGAUUUGAUAAAGCAAUAUUUGGGUCUUGAGCUUCCUGGUGGCAGUGACAAUGCUCCCUCAACUGGCAUUGAAGAGGAGGCUUGUCUUUCUGCUUUCUAUCGUAUUGAGCGAAAUCUAAGAUAUGCUCUCAAGCCGGCGUACGAAGUUCUAUUUGAGCGGCUGAACACGCAUCCUGGCGGGUUGAAGUUCUUGUCCAUUCUUCGAGCUGAUAUUCUAUCCAUUCUCGCAGAGGAAAAUAUUGUGUCUUUGCGAGCAUUGGAUUCCUACUUAAAGGAAAAACUUAGUACUUGGCUUAGCCCUGCUACAUUAGAGCUUCACCAGAUCACAUGGGAUGAUCCAGCCUCUUUGCUGGAAAAAAUUGUGGCUUAUGAGGCUGUGCACCCAAUUAGCAAUCUUAUAGAUCUCAAGAGAAGGCUGGGACUCGGUCGCCGUUGUUUUGGAUAUUUACAUCCAGCAAUACCUGGUGAACCACUUAUUUUCAUUGAAGUUGCACUCAUGAAGAAUGUGGCUCAAACAGUACAGGAAGUUUUGUGGGAUGACCCUCCUAGUCCCGAAUGUGAGGCUACAAGCGCUUUGUUUUACUCCAUAUCAUCAACUCAGCCUGGCUUACAAGGGAUCAACCUGGGAAGGUUUCUAAUCAAACGUGUGAUCACACUUGUGAAAAGAGAAAUGACAAAUAUUUCUACAUUUGCGACUCUCAGCCCCAUUCCAGGGUACAUGCAGUGGCUCCUAUCUAAGCUGGCUUCUCAAUCAAAACUUUCUGAAGGUGAAGACAUACAACAUUCGCCAGCUGAUACAUCUGGUUCUACGUUUUGGGAGAACAUACUUGAACCAGAAGAGGAAAGAGCACUGAUGGAUGCCUCUGUGGAAUUCACUUCUGGGAAAAACAGCAUGGAAGUGUUGUUCAAUUUAUUGACUUCACCAAACCAUGAGUGGACAAGUUCUGAUAAAUUGCUUUCAGCAUUAAAACCCCCUCUAAUGCGACUGUGUGCCAGGUACCUUCUGCAAGAGAAAAAGAGAGGAAAAGCUCUGGAUUCUGUUGCAAAUUUUCACUUACAAAAUGGAGCUAUGGUUGAAAGAAUAAAUUGGAUGGCAGAUCGGUCAGAGAAAGGCCUUAAUCAAAGCGGAGGUAUCAUGGUGAACUAUGUUUACAGAUUGGGGAAAAUUGAAGACUAUGCUCGGUCAUAUUUCAGUUCAGGGCAUAUCCAUACUUCUAGCGAUCUAAGCCGUUAUGUUAAGCCAUUGGAGGAACCUCAAGUGACAACAUUAUAG